AAGAAGGAAAGGGAUUGGUAUCAGUGUAUCCCAAUCCAAUUCGAUCGGCGACUUGGGGUUUAAUUAUGCGCUCUGGGUCACCAACACUUCUGGGUUCUUCUCUUUUCUUAAUACAUCUCAUAUAAUAUUGUUCCUCUUCAGUUUCUGGGGUCUUUCUCUGCUGCAAUAACUACAAUGGUCUCUAUUCGUAGCUACAUUCGAACCGGAGGAGCAGCUCGGCUCAGACCUCAUAACUCGUGUGAGUCCACCACAUCUUUCUCUCACUACCCUUUAACUUUUGUUGCGCUCCCUCAAUUUUUCUCAUCAGUUAGCUCAACAAACUCAAGUUCAGAUUUUUGCUCUGGAAUUAGACCUCAUUCUGUUGAAAGUUAUGAUUUUGAUGAUUCUAAUAACGGGAAAGGUAGUUUUAGGAAAAUGGGUAAUCGAAAUACGGCGGGUUUGAGUUUCUUAGGAGUUGCCCAGAGUGACUGUGAAAACCCCCAAAGUGAAAGUUUCAAACUUUUUGAAGUUUCAGAUAGCGGAGAAGAGAAUAAUAGUGAUGGUGAUGAUGAGUUAAUGAUGUUGAAUUCUAAUAGGGGUUGUGAGCAAAAAGAGAAUCUGGGUAGAGUUGAAGGAGGUGGGGAUGAGGAUGAAUAUAGACACCCUUUGGUGAGAGAGGUUUGCAGGUUAAUUGAGCUUAGAACAGCUUGGACCCCAAAGUUUGAAGGUGAGUUAAGGCACUUGUUCCGAAGCCUGAAGCCGAAGCAGGUCUGUGCCGUUUUGAAGUCUCAGGCUGAUGAAAGAGUUGCUUUGAAGAUUUUUUACUGGGCUGAUAGGCAGUGGCGGUAUAAGCAUGACCCGAUUGUGUACUAUGCAAUGCUUGAGGUGCUUGGCAAGACUAAGUUGUGCCAAGGUGCUAGGAGGGUUCUUAGGUUAAUGGCCCGUAGGCGGAUUGAGCUUCGUUCUGAAGCUUUUGGCCAUGUGAUGGUGUCAUAUAGUCGAGCGGGCAAGUUGAGGCACGCGUUGCGUGUGUUGACUUUGAUGCAGAAAGCGGGGCUCGAGCUUGAUUUGUCAAUGUGUAAUACUGCAAUUUAUGUUUUGGUUAAGGGUAAUAAGUUGGAGAAGGCGUUGAGGACCUUGGAAAGGAUGAAGCUUGUUGGGAUUGCACCAAAUGUAGUCACUUAUAACUGUUUGAUAAAGGGGUAUUGUGAUCUGCAUCGUGUAGAAGAUGCAAUCCAGGUGAUUGAUGAAAUGCCGAGGAAGGGGUGUGCUCCUGAUAAAGUUAGUUACUAUACCGUGAUGGAUUUCCUUUCUAAGGAGAAGAGGGUCAAAGAAGUGAGGGACUUGAUGGAGAAGAUGAUCAAGGAUGGUGGGUUGUUACCAGACCAGGUCACUUAUAAUAAUCUUGUCCAUGUGCUUUGUAAGCAUGGCUAUGGUGAUGAGGCACUUGAAUUUUUAAGGGAAGCCGAAGAGAAGGGAUUUCGGUUUGAUAAGGUUGGGUAUAGUGCAAUUGUACAUUCAUUUUGUAAGGGUGGUCGGACUGACAUGGCAAAAGAAAUUGUUAGUGAAAUGUUCUCAAAAGGUUGCAUCCCAGAUGUUGUAACAUACACUGCUGUUCUGAAUGGGUAUUGUCGACUUGGGAAGUUGGAUCAAGCUAAAAAGAUGCUUCAGCACAUGCAUAAGCAUGGUUGCAAGCCAAAUACUGUAUCAUAUACGGCCUUAUUAAAUGGGCUUUGUCGUGGUGGGAAUUCAUUGGAGGCAAGAGAGAUGAUGAACAUGAGUGAGGAAGAAUGGUGGACACCAAAUGCCAUCACUUAUAGUGUUCUGAUGCAUGGGUUCCGGAGGGAAGGGAAAUUGGUUGAGGCUUGUGAUACUGUCAAAGAGAUGAUUAAAAAGGGAUUUUUCCCUACCCCAGUUGAAAUUAAUCUCUUAAUUCAGUCUCUUUGCCAAGAGGGGAAGAUGGAUGAGGCUAAACGUUUCAUGGAGGAGUGUCUAAAUAAAGGUUGUGCUGUUAAUGUUGUCAAUUUUACUACUGUUAUUCAUGGAUAUUGUCAAAAAGAUGACUUGGAAGCUGCUCUGUCGUUGCUUGAUGACAUGUAUCUCAGCAAUAAACACCCAGAUGCAGUAACUUAUACAGCAAUGAUCAGUGCAUUGGGAAAGAAAGGUAGAAUACAAGACGCAACAGAACUUAUGAUGAAGAUGCUGAAUAAGGGUAUUGACCCGACUCCCGUCACAUACAGGACGAUCAUCCAUUGGUAUUGUAAGAUGAGUAGGGUGGAUGAUUUGUUGAAAUUAUUGGAGAAGAUGUUCUUAAGGCAAAAUUGCAAAACAGCAUAUAAUCAAGUGAUUGAGAAGCUUUGUAGUUUUGGGAACUUCGAGGACGCUGAUAAACUAUUGGGUAAGGUGUUGAGAACAGCUUCAAGAGUUGAUGCUAAAACAUGCCAUGUUGUUAUGGAUGGUUAUUUGAGAAAAGGGAUUCCUCUGUCAGCAUACAAAGUGGCUUGUCGAAUGUUCAAUCGGAAUCUGAUUCCUGAUUUAAAGUUGUGUGAGAAGGUGACGAAGAGACUGAUGCUAGAAGGAAACUCCAAAGAGGCAGACAACCUUAUGUUACGGUUUGUUGAGCGUGGAUGCAUAUCAAACCAACAUCAGGAACAUCUGGAAAGCUAAGGAGAACUGUUAUGAGCUAAUGUCACUUUCUCCCUCAACAUUCAUUUCUGUUGGGAUUCUGUCUUCAAGGACUCUGAUAUGGACCUGGGGUUGAAAGGGAUCAGCAUGAGGAUCUAUAUUGAUAGUGGAAGACAGUGGAUAUUGCUCAGUCACAUCAUUAGGCCUGUGUUUGGAGGUAAAUGUUUGACAAGAUCAGCAUGCCUUUGUAUAGAGGACUAAGUCUCACUUUGUGGCCUUGGCUUGUGUUUUAUGAUGCUCUUUCAUGAGAUUUCAAUUAAUGGUUUAGGAGUGUUCCACUUACUCUGCAUAGCGUGUAGCUAGUUAGUUGUAAAGAGAAUCUUCACAGUUUUAGUUGUAGUCUUUUUCAUGUAUACACUAUACUCAUCCCCUCCAGCCCUUGGUUGGGAAGCAAAAAGAAGUGUAAAUAUGUUUCAAAAAUAUAAAAUGGCAUAUUGUGCUUUUGCCAAGUCAA